AUGUCGGCACGACACGCGCAUCUAUUGUCGACAUUUCUCUGCGAGCUCGGCGUCUUCUGCAACUCUCAGAGACCAACUUUUGACAGACCAACUUUUGACAGACCAACUUUUGACAGACCAACUUUUGACAGACCAACUUUUGACAGACCAACUUUUGCCAGACCAACUUUCGACAGACCAACUUUUGACAGACCAACUUUUGACAGACCAACUUUUGACAGACCAGCUUUUGACAGACCAACUUUUGCCAGACCAUUUUUCGACAGACCAACUUUUGACAGACCAGCUUUUGACAGACCAAAUUUUGACAGACCAACUUUUGACAGACCAACUUUCGACAGACCAACUUUUGAAAGACCAACUUUUGACAGACCAGCUUUCGACAGACCAACUUUUGACAGACCAACUUUCCCCCGUAGUUUGAAGAAUACAUUCCCAUAUCCGCUUGAAACUCUCAAUUAG